GUCUUGAAGGCUACUACGGGGAUCCCACUAACAUCCACAACGUUACAAGCUUCGCAACCCCAUAGCCACGAUUGUCAGCUUCGACACUGCCACCCACAGACCCCGGCGCAACACCUGUGGAUUCCUGCACCACCACCCAUCCGGAGUGACACGGCGUAGCGGAGGCGGCAGCCAGUCAUGGCAUCAAGACCACAGCAAGGCGGCAGGCCCAGCGGCACCCGCUUCGCCCAGUUCAAGCUGGUACUCUUAGGAGAGUCGGCAGUGGGAAAGUCAUCGCUAGUCCUCCGCUUCGUCAAGGAUCAAUUCGAUGACUACCGAGAAUCCACCAUCGGCGCCGCAUUCCUCACCCAGACAAUCGCCCUCGACGACCAAACCACUGUCAAGUUUGAGAUAUGGGACACAGCAGGGCAGGAACGGUAUAAGAGUUUGGCGCCUAUGUACUACCGUAAUGCCAACUGCGCUGUAGUUGUGUACGACAUUACACAAGCUGCCAGCUUAGACAAAGCGAAGUCAUGGGUAAAAGAACUCCAACGUCAAGCCAACGAAAACAUCAUCAUCGCCCUCGCAGGCAACAAACUCGACCUUGCCGAAUCUGAUCCAUCGAAACGCGCUAUCGAGAAGGCCGAUGCCGAAGCGUAUGCCCGCGAAGCUGGACUCCUGUUCUUCGAGACUAGCGCGAAGACUAGUGAGAAUGUGAAGGAGCUUUUCACGGCGAUCGCGAAGAAGCUACCGAUCGAGCAAGCGAGUCAGAGGGGUGGCAUGAGGAGUGCGGCAGGAGGCCGGCCUGGUGGCGUGGAUCUUGGUAACCGGCAGGCGGGUGGGCAAACGACGGCGGGUGCGGCGGGAGGGUGUAAUUGCUGAGGUGGAUACAUUCGGCUGGACUGUCACAGCGUGUUCUUUGACCAGCUGUAAGGACGGGGAUGGCGUUAUUGCGUUGAUGGGAGCCAGUCGGUGGGAUGUGCGAAGGGCGUUGAGGCGUGAAGAGACCAUAGCAUGGAAGUGACCUCCAUCGAGGCGUCGUUGGAAAUUACAUUGUCAUGGUU